CAAGUAUUGCGAGCGAUGAGCACGCUGGCCGCGGGAGCUGACCAACUCGGGCUUGAGCGCUUGGCCAUCGACGCCCUCGGCGCCUCGAUGCGUGCGAUCAACCACUGCGUCGACUCCAUCCGAGCAGUGCCAUUGGACGCGACGGCGGCCAUGACAGACAACAUCCUGCAAGCGAUGGGCAUCAAAGCGGAUGUUGGCCAUGCCAACGUUGGCUCGGUCGUCGCAUCACGUCUGGUCGCUCUUCUGCAAGACCUCGCCACCGCCAUUGUCAAAGGCGAGGCACUCGAGACCACACGCCCGCCGGAUGCGAAUCCCGCCAAGCCGCGCGCGCCGCUGUGCCUCUUGAGUCUGCGCGACUACACGGGCGUCCAGGCAGCCAUCGAGCUGCUCGUGACGUGGGGCAUGUACCCGUGUGUCGAAACUGGCAUUCUCGUGCCAAUCGAUCAGCGCGUCGUGUCCAAGACCAUGAAGAUUGCAAAGCCGGUGGUCGCCCACGGUAGUCAGCUGCCGACCGCGUCGCCGCACGACCAGCUCUACACCGUCGUUUCGUGCCUUCUCACCGUGCUGCAGCUCUCGCAGUUCAAACCGAUGCUGCUGCCGGCGUACCUCCGUGAUAUCUUUGCCGCGCUCGUGUACGAGCGCCAUGUGUCCAAGGGCCCACACUCGCUUGCCGCCCAAACGCUCCUGGAUGCGCUCAUGGACGACCUCCCGCUUCGCGUCACGAUGAGCAGCGUCCGCGCCGUCUUGGGGCAGUGCCACCGGUCGCCCAGUACUCGAUUCCUUUGCCUACUUCUCGAAUCCUCACUGCAAUGUACAGAUGCGAUGUUCAAGACCCAGUGCGGUCUCCUUCUCACAGCGUGCGUGCUCAAGCCUGGCGGCGUGCACUCGACCGUCGAAGUGCUUUUGAGCAAUGUCGACGAAGGCAACACGCAAGCACGCAUGCAAGUCGCCAGUCUCAUUGCGCGCUGCCCGCGUGGGUACGAACGCGAUGCGUACCUCGCCGCGGUCGCACCGCAGCUGCUGCAGCUACUGAGUGCAAAGGACUUGCCCCAAACCGCCAAGCUCCUUCGGGAAACGACGGGCUUGAUUCUGUGCCAACUCAUCUUGGAGUAUCCGCUUGCGCACGUCGACAGCACGCUCUUGCAGCCGCUGCUCGGACCGCUCCUGCGCGUCGAGAGCCAGCCACGAGACGUCUUUGAGAAGAGCGACGACAUCCACUUCAUCGCCACCGAAGACGAGCUCGGUGCUUGCCUCGCCGCGCUCAACGUCAUGCUGCUGGGGCCGCCGCCACCGGCGCCCGUGCUUCUCGCGCUUGCGCCGUUCUUUCGUCCGCUUGUUCUGCUCUACGCCUUUUGCGUCGCAAGUAAAUCCUACUGGAAGGAGACGGUGCAGCAACUGCUCGCAGCGUACAUUCAAGCAGCGCCGUUGGCGGCCUUGCUGCUGCAGUGCGCAGUCGCACCUGUGAACCCGACGCACCGCGCCAGCGUACUGCCCGUCGGCUUUGCGUCUGCUUCACAUCUCGCGUGUACGUUCUCGGCGGGUGGCUCGGGCGGCGCCGCCAUCACCGCCCUCGACACGCAUUAUCCCACUGACGUGAUCGUUGCUGGUGUCGUCGACCUGCUCCAGGCGCCAGCGCUCGAAGCCUGCGAUGUUGUCGGCGAUCUCUUCACGUCGCUUUUGACCAGCUACAUGCAGCUCAAGACCGUCCAAGCGCAAGAGAGUGCUCCGUCAAUGUUGCAGCUGCUCGUCGCUCUCACCGAGGUCGUGGGCCCCGCCGUCUUGCGCAGCGGCGCGUCGAUUCUGCAGUGCCUCGUGACCGUCAUCGACAUGUACACGUCGUCGACGUCGACGCACUCUGUCGUCUGCCUUGGUAUGGUCACCACGAUCCUCGAGGUCGGCGCGCGCGACCGGGCGCAUAACGAAGAAGCGCUGCUCAAGCAACUGCUUCCGUCGCUCGAGGCUCUCUCGAUGCACCCGAAAAUCGACAUUGCCGAGAUGGCGUCGGAGCUUCGCUUGCAGCUGCUGGCACGGGCGUCGCACGCCGAGCCCGAGCCCAAGUUCACGGCGCUCACGUUCGCCAACAUUCUUGCGCUGUCGGAGAAGGACCUCCAGAGCCCGUCGGUGCCGUUGCGGGCGCGCGGCCUCGUGCGCUUGAACAAACUCAUUCGGAGCCGAGAGGCCAUUGACGUCGCCGCGCUCAUGAAGCUCUUCCUCGCGCACCUCCACGACGUCGAGAGCUACGUGUUUCUGGCGUCAAUUCAAGCGCUCGCGAGUCUGGCCGACAUGCACCCAACGAUUGCGAUCCCGAUGCUCCUCAACGCAGCGACCGACGCGACGGCGACUCUUUCGCUCGAUCAGCGCAUCAAGCUCAGCGAGGCGCUCAUGUUUACGGCGCGGCGAUGCGGCGAGGUCCUGCCCGCGUACAGCCGAGGCUUUGUGCACGCGUACUUGGGCGCGAUCCGCACGACGUCGGCCACGACCGACUUGGCCGACGCCACGUACCGAGCGAGCUGCCUCUCCAACUUGGCCGAGGUCUGCGGUCUCCUGCGCUGGGCGAUUCAUCCGUUCUUGACCGAUGUCCUCCUGGUCGUCAAGGACGUUCUCCAGGUCGAGCGCGGUCAUACUGAGCCGCAGAUUGCGCUGCGCCGCGGCGCCGUGUACGUGCUACACCAAAUGCUCCACCUCAUGGGCCGGGACGUGUUUGCGAUCGCAUCCGAGCACAUGACGCCCAUCUACCGGCUGCUCAAGGGCGUCGCGGGCGACUCGGACAGCGUGUGCGUCUUCCAUGCGACGCAGGCGCUGGCCGAGCUCGAUGGUCUCAUGCGUGGCGAGCUCUUCCAGGUUGGGCGGUCAUCGUCGAUGGUCCAGCUGCUUUGAGGUUCGACAAGAAUAAAUUUGGAUUUC